AUGUUAACUAAAUUGUCACAUAUUAUAUCAAGCAACUUAAUUAUAACUUUUUCAGAAUAUGGUAAAUUUUUCUUUGCUCAUUUGUUUGUGUGCAGCUUGGCAGCGGCUGCAGAUUCCAUAGAAAUUAUGUCAUUAUCUAUGAUAUUGCCUUCAGCGACAUGCGAUUUACAACUCACAUCAGUUUUUAAAGGAUGGAUUAAUGCUUCUGUUUUUAUAGGCAAGACUGAAAAUCUCUUGUUUUUCUCUGUAGGUAUGACGUUAGGCGGUAUUGUCUGGGGUCCAUUAGCAGAUGUUUCUGGUCGAAAAUCUAUAAUGUUAACGUCCUUAACAUUAAAUUGGGUAGCUGCAUUGAUUUCCAGUUUUGUAAAUAAUCCUUACGUAUUUACCAUUCUUAGAUUUUUCAGUGGCCUUGGCAUUGGUGGCAGCAUACCUGUGAUAUUUACUUUUUUCAUUGAAUUUCAACAUAAAAGUCUUCGCGGAACUAUGGGGUGUAGUUUGACAAUAGCAUGGAUGUUUGGAAAUGUAUUCCAGGCUGGAUUAGCUUGGGCUAUAAUUCCUAAUAAAGUUGGCAUUUCGACAUCUAUAUUAGAUUAUACAGGCUGGAGAAUGUUUAUUGCUGUUUGUGUCAUACCCAGUUUUGUAUCAGUAUUAAUAUUAAUAGCAAUGCCAGAGUCGCCGAAAUAUCUACUUCAGGAGGAACGGAAUGAAGAAGCAAUUGCUGUGGUAAGAAAAGUAUAUAGAUGGAACAAUAACGAAGAGAUAGAGAUCAAAAAAAUAAUUCUUGCUGGUGAUGAAAAUACAAGUUUAGUAAAACAAAAUAAAGAAGAAGGAAAAUUUAAGAAUUGUUCAAUAUUCAAUCAAGUUUCAGAAUUAUUUUCAAAGAAGUAUCGAUGUUUAAGCUUCAUUACUAUAGGUGUUAUUGGAUUUUUUUCUUAUGGGUAUUAUGGUUUAUUCAUGUGGUUUCCAGAACUAUUUCGUAGAAUGGGUGAUAUGAAUGGAUCUUCUUUUUGUGGCCUUUCCUCUAAUCAAAAUACUACCCCCGUUGUGAGCACUGAGAUCGAAAGUUGUAAUGAACUGGAUAAUCAAGUUUACAUUGAUUCAUUAAUAUCAAUGUCUGCUUCUGUUGUCGGUCCGCUCCUAAUUGUGUUCUAUGUAGACAGAAUAGGUCGUAAACCAUUCCUUGUUGGCGGACUACUAUGUGGAGCAUUCUCGUUGUUUUUCUUUUACUUUAUAACCACCAGGGUUCAUGCAAUCAUUUUAAGUUCAGUUUUUGCACUCUUUGCUUCAAUUGUGUUCAGUAUAUUUGACAUAGUAGCUGUUGAACAAUACCCAACACAUGUAAGGUCGACAGCAUUUGGUAUAUUUUGUGCGGCAAUACGUCUGGCCGCAAUAUUAGCCAAUGUUUCGUUUGGAAUGUUAAUUGACCAGAACUGUUCCGCAAUGAUAAUUACUCCAGCACUUCUUUUGCUUGCUUCAGGAAUCCUAGCAUUCUGGACUCCAGACAUGACUCAGAAAGAUAUAUAUUAA